GCGCUCGAACAGGCGAACGUUGUCUUCUUCCUACUACCACCACUGCAUUCAACCAUAAAUAUGUCUUCGGAUUACGAGUACUCUGACCAGGAGUACUACGAUGAAGAUGAUGAGCAGAUGUUUGAUGAGGAUGGGUCGGCAUCUGACAUGGAAAUAGAUGCUUUCCCUGAAGACUUCAAGUCGAAGAAGGGGAAACAAAAGUCAUACGAAGUCCCUCACGAACCCCUCACGCAAGCUCAGAUCGAGCAGUUUAUGGCGCAGGAUGUUGAAAACAUCAGUGGCAUCUUUGGGGUCGACUCAACCGUAGCUUCCCUCUUAUUGAGACACGCGAAUUGGGACAGGGAUAGACUUAUCGAGAAAUACAUGGACAACCCGACUGCGGUCCUGGUUAAGGCAGGCCUGGAGCUUCCUGAGAAGCAGACAGAGUCAUCUUCACGUUCGCGCGCGUCUCAGACUGGCCCUCGACGAUCCACACGACGACAGAACAGCGAUCAGCCAAGAUCUGGCGUUUCGAAGAUCAUUGAACGAAUCACACCACCUGUGGAGGAUUAUGGACCGUUCGUUUGUCCGAUUUGUUUCGACGACACACAGACAGAGACUAUGGCACUGGCGUGCAACCACAAGUUCUGUUCAGCAUGCUGGAACGCAUACAUAACAAGCAAGAUACGCACGGAAGGCGAACACUGGAUCACUUGUAUGGCGGAGGACUGUUCACUCGUAACGCCCGAUAAAUUCAUUCACUUCGCACUCAAGGACGACAAGGCCACCUGGGAACGCUUCCAAGAGCUGCUUGUACGCCAUUUCGUUUCCUGCAACCCCAACCUCAAGUUUUGUCCUUAUCCAUCUUGCACCAACGCCGUCUCUUGCCCUGCCGCCUCAUCUAAAUCUGUUCUCACCACCAUUGUGCCCAUCGUUUGCUGUGGUGCAUCGGACAGUCACAAAUUCUGCUUUGGCUGUACUAUUGACGCGGAUCACCGCCCAGUCAUUUGUGCUGUAGCCAAGAUGUGGCUUCAGAAGUGUCAAGACGACAGCGAGACGGCGAACUGGAUCAAGAGCAACACCAAGGAAUGCAGUAAAUGCCAGAGCACGAUCGAGAAGAACGGUGGUUGCAACCAUAUGACUUGCAAGAAGUGCAAGUAUGAAUUCUGCUGGGUGUGCAUGGGACCAUGGUCUGAGCAUGGCACGGCUUGGUACUCGUGCAAUCGAUACGACGACAAGUCAUCUAUCGAUGCUCGGGACGCUCAAUCAAAGAGUCGAGCGUCUCUGGAACGUUACCUUCAUGUAAGCAUCCUCCUUUUUCGGCGUUCUAAACCAAGGACACUCAUUACGUUUCUUCGCUUCUAUAGUACUACAACCGUUGGGCCAACCAUGAGCAAUCCGCGAAACUGUCCGUCGAGUUGUAUGCCAAGACAGAGAAGAAAAUGGAAGAGAUGCAGAUUACUUCCGAGUUGACUUGGAUUGAGGUGCAAUUCAUGAAGAAGGCCGUGGACGAAGUGUUUAAGUGUCGUAUGACGUUGAAGUGGACGUAUGCUAUGGCAUACUACCUCGAGAAGGGUAAUCAGAAGGCAUUAUUCGAAGAUAACCAGAGGUACCUCGAGAACGCUGUAGAGGAACUUUCCGAGUUGAUCGAAUCUCCUUUCGAGCCCGAGACCAUUGCAACAUUGCGUCAGAAAGUAACGGAUAAGACGGUGUGUUAUCACGACGUGUGUAUUCCUGUAUAUCUGGUUAUUGAUACUCCUUUUGCCACAGGUGUACGUCCAGAACCGAAAUGAAAUAAUGCUCGAGGACACAGCUAGAGGAUUCCAAGAGGGCCGAUGGAAGUGGAACGUUACCGUAAAUGGAUUCGACCAAGCGGAGGAGGGGGAGGAGUAAAUGGCUAUCUGUCGCAUCCCACUGAUCACUCCAAGCAACCUUAGAUCUUUUCUUUUCUUGCUGAUUCCCCUCUCCACUCAUCAACACUCGCGUCAGUCUUGAGAUCUCACUGUACUCUUUAUUCUUUCUCUCCUGUACCCAUCUAGCUAGGACCCGGCACCACAAUGUAUUGCUAUAGGCUUCAUCAUGAUCCGUUACGGAUAUUUAUGCAAGUUCAUACACGUAGAUUCCGAUCUUCGAACAACUAUACCUUCCAAAUCUGUGAGUAGGUUGUGCUAAAGCGCUGAAACCUGCUCAUUUUGGUCGGUGUUCCUUUC